GCAGCCCAGGCCCGUGCAGCCCUCGCCAUGCCGGUCAAAGGAGGCACCAAGUGCAUCAAAUACCUGCUCUUCGGCUUUAAUUUCGUCUUCUGGCUUGCUGGGAUUGCAGUCCUUGCCAUUGGACUAUGGCUCCGAUUCGACUCUCAGACGAAGAGCAUCUUCGAGCAAGAAAAUAGUCAUUCCAGCUUCUACACAGGAGUUUAUAUUCUGAUUGGAGCCGGCGCCCUCAUGAUGCUGGUGGGUUUCCUGGGCUGCUGUGGGGCUGUGCAAGAGUCCCAGUGCAUGCUGGGAUUGUUCUUUAUGUUCCUCUUGGUGAUAUUUGCCCUUGAAAUAGCUGCGGCCGUCUGGGGAUAUUCGCACAAAGAUGAGGUGAUUAAGGAACUCCAGGAAUUUUACACGGACACCUACCUCAAGCUGAAAAACAAGGACGAGCCCCAGCGGGAAACGCUGAAAGCCAUCCACUAUGCGUUGGAUUGCUGUGGUAUAGUAGGGGGAGUGGAACAAUUCAUCUCGGACAUCUGCCCCAAAAAGGAUAUACUUGCAAGCAUCACAGUGAAGCCCUGCCCUGAGGCCAUCAAAGAGGUCUUCCACAACAAGUUCCACAUCAUCGGCGCCGUGGGCAUCGGGAUCGCGGUGGUGAUGAUCUUUGGCAUGAUCUUCAGUAUGAUCCUGUGCUGUGCUAUCCGCAGAAGCCGAGAGAUGGUCUAGAGUCAGCGUGCACUCCUGAGCAGGAAAGUUUACCCCUGAAGAUCGUUGGUUAUUUUCCUGGGGUUUUAUUUUUGUUGUUAUAGUUUUAUUGUUGUUGUUGUUUCUUUUUUUUUUCCUUUUUUUUGCCACUAACUUUUAGUAUUCAUUCUGCAUUUAUAAACAAGGAAAAAAGUUAUUCUAUGUUUAUCUUUUUUAAUGCUUUAUUCAUAUGGAUAGUUGAGAGAUUGAGGGACUUGUUUUGCUUCGGUUUAUAAUUUUUGGUUUGUUUUUGCUUAUUAUGUUAGGCAGAAAUCCUGCAAUGAAAGGUACUAUAUUUGCUAGACUCUAGACAAAAGAUAUUGUACAUAAAGAGAUUUUUUUUUCUUUAAAUAGAUUUAAAAAAAUGUCUAUCAAAUUUAAUCAGAUUGUAACUUAUGUUGAAGACAAUUUGAUACAUAAUAAAAGAUUAUGACAAUAUCCUG